AUCCCUAAAACCUCACUUAUGGACGAAAGUCACGAAACUACGUCGUAUCCGCCUAUCGAGCCCUCCAAUUUCGACCUUAUUGUUGUUGGCACCGGCCUCCCGGAAUCCAUCACCGCCGCCGCUAAUAGUGUAAAUAAGCAUUCGCUCAAAGAAUUAAAGGAUGUGAAGGCCUUAAUUAGACAGUUUUUGCUCGACUUUUUUAGGUUUCCUAAUGCAAAUGGUGCCAUAAUAUAUCCCAUUUAUGGCCAAGGGGAACUCUCUCAAGCUUUUUGUCGCCGUGCUGCUGUCAAGGGGUGCAUUUAUGUUUUAAGGAUGCCUGUAAUUGCUCUGCUCAUGGAUAAGGAUGGGCGUACCUAUCAAGGUGUUAGAUUAGCAUCUGGCCAGGAGCUAACCAGUCCUCAGUUGAUUCUUGCUCCUUCUUUCGCGAUUCCAACAACUUCACCUCGUACUGUAGAGGUGAAAAUUUCUAAUGAUAAAAGCCCCUCAGAUGCCGAAGGGAAGGUUGCCCGGGGAAUUUGCAUUGCCAAGAAUUCUAUAAAGCCGGAAGCUGCUAAUUGCCUGGUGUUCUUUCCUCCAAGAUCUCUGUACCCAGAACAGAUAACAUCAGUCCGUGUAUUGCAGCUGAGCAGUAAUGUGGGAGUUUGCCCCCCUAAGACGUAUGUGACGUACCUGUCAGCUGUAUGUGAUGAUGCUGUGGAAGGGAAGAAAUUACUAAAUGCAGCCAUAAAUGCUCUGUUCUCUAUGGCUUUAUCUUCAUCAUCUGAGAACAAUGAGAGAGAUAAUUUAUGUGAGCACACAGAAGAAAAACCUUGUUUGCUUUGGAGCGCCUUGUACAUUCAAGAUCUGACUAAGGUUUUGUUUCUUGUACUUCACUUUUGUUUUUUUUACAGUUUAAUUCACUGUCUACAAUUGUCUGUAUUUUCUCCCAGUGAGCAUUUUGAAUUUCCUACACGGUGCUCUAAAUUUCAGGAUAAUUGACGUUUAU